AUGCCACAAAUGCCCGCCUACCAACACACCAAUACCUCCGGCAUGAUGCGAGAGGGUCCCCCGGGGGCCGUUAUGAACGGCGGCGGUGAGGGUCCCUAUGGCUACCGCUCUACCAACACCCCUCCAGCACUCAACAGACCAGCACACCCCCAACAACCGAGACAGAAUAUACACACCCAACCACCCGUACACGGCCAGGGCAGGCCGCUGCCUGGUAGUACCAUGCCGAUUGCUUCGGCCAAGUCGCGUCCGGCUACUACGGCUAUUGUGCAGGCGCAGAACAAGCCGGCGCAUAGCAUGCACAGUGAAUCCCCACAUGCACAGACCCAGAUACACACUCAGCAACGACAACCACCUCCGCAACGCAACGCUUCACAACCACCGGCCCAGCCUACGCUGCCUAUGUCGGCGCCUACAGUGCCGGACACGGCACCAGCUACUGUGCCUGUCACUGAGACCAUGUCUGGAGCUCAGGAGGAGAAGCAUGAGGCGAGCGAUAUGCCUGCGGCUGAAUUAGACACCGUGAUGGGAGAGACGCAUACAUCGGAAAAUGUCAGUGCGGAAGCGUCUGUCAAAAACGAAGUGCCUGCGGAUGCUGACACGGAUAUGGCGGGGACGGUCGAAGCUGAGACAACCCCUUCAGAAGGGGUUACACAGUCACCUGCGGGCGAGAGUGUGUUGCAGCCUGGGGAGAGGGACGAUGAUGAGGAGAGCAAUGGCAUGGUCAUAGACGAUGCUGUACAAGAGAGUGCGAGUGUACCGGAUGGGGCUCCUGUGAAUGAACAACUUGUUGCGGCUACGGUCGGAGAGAGUGUUGUGGACACUGUCCCAACGCGUGCGACGAGUACUGGCACUCACCCGGUUGAAGGUGAUACGAGGCCUCAGUCGGAAAACGCAGGUACAGCUACACAAGCAGCACAGCCUGUUGUAGGCAACGGCACGGUAGAGGCGAGCAGAUCUGCAUUGAGUGGGCCCCAGAGUGCGGGCGUGAGCACAGAUAUUACUGCUAGUGUGGAUAAACCCCCUCAAGAGCAACUAUCAGGGCAGGCAGAGGAUGCUGAGGUUGACGGUAUGGUUUUGGACUCUCAUGUGGACAAGCCUUAUUCCACCGCCGCCGAGGCUGGUUCCGAUAAUGUCAUACAACCUGCUGUCCCAUCCCAGGUACCCGACGAGGUCCCUGCACCUGCCGCACAAGCACCUACGACUGCAUCUAUGCCGCAGGGAAUGGAUAUAGAUAGCGCCCCGAUAUAAUAGGACUGCAAGUUCUACUAUUUCUAAAUCUAUCGAAAAAUAAAUAAAGAAUGCCGGACAUUGGUAUUCGGAUACAAUUGCCGCUACCUCUCGGGGGGAGUUUCUUGUUCA